AUGCCUUUAACCGUCCUGAGCAACCGUGAUGUACGGUCCCUCCUCCUUUCACUGACAGGAGACGAAGUACGGGAAUUGCGAGCCAAUCUUGCAGAAGCACUAAGGGAGUACUCGUCGGGGAAUCAAAAUUCUGGAUGCUUCUCGGAGUACCAGCCAAAGAGUACAACGAUAUCGAAAAGAAAUGGAUUGACCACAAUGUUCUUGCCCGCAAGUACGGAAUCGAGCCUUGGAUUCAAGAUAAUGACUGUGGCGGAUGCUCCGAGUAAACCUGGACCUCAGCGGCGAUUAUCGGCCUCGGAAGCUUCAAUAGCACUACCCGCAACGCUGGAUUCCAAAAGCACCCUUGAUUCUAUGGCAUCAAAACUCAGCCGGACAGCGCUUGCGCCCGCUGCCACACGGCUUUCACAGUCGCGUGCGGCGAGUCCACGACCUGCACCAGCGGCAGACCAAGAAACCAAUGUCACUUCUCCCUCGGGAAGUCUAACUCUACUCGAUCCGACAGGAUCACCCUUUGGCAUCGUCAACGCCCAAGAAUUGACUGCGUUUCGCACGGCGUUAACCUCCAUGAUGCUCCUCUACCGGCGUGAGAAGAUCAGCACGAUCACUGUUUUCGGCGCAGGCCGCCAAGCAUACUGGCACAUCCGGCUUGCUCUCCUGCUACGAUGCAAGGACAUCAAACGGGUGAACAUCAUAAAUCGCUCUUUUGAACGAGCUACAGGACUACUUCGAAAGUUCUACGCCGCGGACCACGUGGAAUGGCGGCAGAACGUCAAGUUUUCGGCGUUCAGCCGGGAUUUUGUGGAAUAUGACCGACUACUGCGGGAAUGUGUGGUAAAGGCGGAUGUUAUAUUUUGUUGCACGCCGUCGCCCGAUCCACUCUUUCCUGCAGACAUCCUGACCGACUCGGAUGGGCGCCGCAAGGGCCGGUUUAUCAGUGCUAUUGGGUCCUAUCGGCCUAAUAUGACGGAGUUGGACCCGGAUCUGAUCAAGCAUGCUAUAAAGUCUCAUACUCACCACAAGCACCCGCCUUAUGGGGGCGUCAUCGUUGUGGAUACCCUUGAGGCGAGUCUGCAUAAUGCCGGAGAAGUUGUCAUGGCGGGAUUGAAACCACGCCAAUUGGUCGAAGUUGGGGAAUUACUUAUGGUGAAAGAUGCAACCGAAAAGCAGGGAGAUCCACCCGACAAGAGUCUUGUUGACUGGCUUCAAAGGGGCAAUGUUAUCUACAAGUGCGCUGGGCUAGGGUUGAUGGAUUUAGUUGUUGGCGGCGAUAUCAUUAAACUCGCGAAAGAAAGACAUAUUGGGACAACAAUAUCGGAGUUUUAG